CAAGUUUCCCCAGAGUACAUAACCUCUGGAGGAAGGUGGAGUUAGCUGGGUUAGCUUUAAUAUAUUACGGACGAUAUCAUUUCCAAAAGACUUAAGUUGGAUUGUGUGUGGAAAGAUUGAAUUUUCCUCCUUGCUUCCUCUACAAGCCCAACAUUUGAUCAGGACAGUCAAAGCAGCAGACUUUGCGCAGAUGGAGUUCAUUGCUGGAGCCAUUGGAGGUGGCUUAUGUGUUGCUGUAGGUUAUCCACUGGAUACAGUAAAGGUGAAAGUUCAGACAGAGAGGAGCUAUAAUGGAAUUUGGCACUGCAUUCGAGAAACAUACAAAGCAGAGAAAGUAUCGGGAUUUUACAAAGGCAUGUCACUGUCAGUCUGUACAGUGUCGCUUGUUUCUUCUUUUUCAUUUGGCGCAUACAGAAACUUCCUUUAUAACAUCUGCAGAUUAAGAUACGGCACUUCAGAUGCAAAACCAUCAAAAGUGGAUAUUUCUGUUGCAGGAUGUGCUACUGGUGCUGUUCGGGUGGUGCUAACAUCGCCAACUGAGACAGCUAAAGUUCGAAUGCAAACUCAGAAGCAAUCACAUUGCUCAGUUACAGCUUCCCACCUCCCUAAGCCCAAGUAUCAAGGUCCUGUGCAUUGUCUGAGGAUGAUAGUGAAGGAGGAAGGCUUUCGAGGCCUAUACAAAGGUUGUUCAGCAUUACUGUGCCGGGACUGCCACUCAUUUGCAACAUAUUUCCUAACCUAUAAUAUGCUAUGUGAGUGGCUGACUCCAGCUGGAAAAAAUAAACCAGACAUACCGACAGUGCUUAUUUCUGGUGGCAGUGCUGGAGCAUUGGGGUGGGCCGUGGCUACUCCUAUGGAUGUAAUUAAAUCGCGGAUGCAAGUAGAUAACUUGGGACAGUGCAAGUACAGAGGACUCAUACACUGCAUCAGAGUAAGUGUGAGAGAAGAAGGAAUAAGAGUUCUUUUCACAGGACUUGGAUUAAACUGCAUUCGUGCUUUUCCUGUGAACAUGGUGGUAUUUGUAACAUAUGAAGCUGUAAUGAGACUUGCAGAACGUCUUAUGAAGUAAAAGCAUAUUACAUCACUCGGUUCUAAGGUGGCUGCUUCCUCUGAGAAGGCUUUUCAUAUAACAGAUCACGCAGACAACAGUCCAUCAAGAGAGGACUUGAGUGAAAUCAGUAGACUUAUGGGGAAGAGAAAUACAGAACUGGAGAGAAAUGGUUGAUUACUACUACACCAAGUCCAUCUAGUUGUCUCAUCAAGUUGUCUCCUACCCUUGUACAAACUUCAUCUAACUUGUGUAGCACCCUGUAAUUGUGCCUCCGUGAGACACAACUGAAAAUACUGAAUUCAGGACAAGGUUCUGAAAAAUAGGGUAGAUACACCCCAAAACUAAUGG